CGUAGAAGACUGCAGUAGCUCCCUCGGAGAAAAGAAUUAGAGUGACGGUGCGGUCAUGCGAGGGAAGCGCAUCAUCGCUGUUGUUGCGCAGCAACCAGGAGAACAGCCGCGUAACAACGUAGAAUCAUAUAUAGUAUUCGAGCGAUACUUCGGCGCUCGACCGUCUUUAUCGCAAACAAACACCACCCAGCAAUUCCAUUUCAUCGUCCGUCGAAGAUCCGCACGUCGUGAUCGGCGCUACCAACAAGAAACGACGAACUUGAGUUCGUUUGCAUCAAUACAACAACCCAACCACCACAUUUCUCAUAUACACAUUAGCAAUAUGGUGUCAAGAGCUGUUUCCAUGGGCCUUCGCGCCUGGCAGUUGAUCUGCGCCGUUCUCGUCACCGCAUUCAUGGGCAACAACAUUGCCCGCGCGUGGAACGGAACCCACUCCAUCAUCAACUACUCGCUGUUCGUCGGUGUAUGGUGGUUGUUCACAUUGCUAUACUUCCUGCCCACAUCCUUCAUCGAGAAGUUCAGCAUUCCCAUCGUGGACAUUGCCAUGGAUGGGCUGAGCGUCCUCUUCGGUUUCUGCGCCGCCGUCGCGCUUCCCGCAUACAUUGGCGCACACAGCUGCUCCAACGCCGGAUACACCCGCUCCAACAAGGUCCUCAACAGCUCCGCAAACACGGAGCAGAACUGCCGUCAAGCUCAGGCGACCACUGCUUUCCUCUGGUUCGGAUGGGCCGCAUUCGUCGCCACCCUUGCUCUCAACAUCAUGAACGGACGCGGCAGCGGCGCCAACCUGCGCGGCGGUAUCCGCCGUGGCGGUCCCUCCAUGAGCCAGGUUUAGAAUACCUACAAGUCUUACUCCGACGCUUCUUGGAAUACUCGAUCGGAUGUCAGCGACGUCUGAGCCUGUUUGCACCAAGUCGUGUAGCGCAACCUGGAGCAUGUAUGAUAUGAAGGUGGACAAUACAUCGUGCUUGAUGCCGAUGCUGGUUGGGAUGGUCGGAAAGAUUUUUCUAGGAUACCAGUACACGUGUACGACCGUUAUGCGGCGUUUGCAUUGAUCUUUAGCGUUGUAAUAAUAGUAUAGUUAAUGAUGUGGAAUUACGAUACUGAAUCUACACACAAGAGCGCACAUUGAUGCUUCGAUGGAUG